AUGUUAGAGACUGAAACAACAAAUGUAACGCCAUAUACGAUAAGAAAAACGAGCCAUGGCUUAAUUCAUAGAGUUCAUCGCGAUGAUUCGAAUAUCAAAGAAUCAGUCAUAGAACAUGCUGAAAAUUUAGAAAAUUUGAAAUCUUCGAAAAAUACAAAUACAAUUAAAAUUAAUAAAUUAAUACAUAAUUGUGUAAUUAAAAGUGAUGGAGGUGAACUUACUAAUCAUACAAGAUUUAAAAGAGGCGUCAUUCAUCUUUAUAAUAUGGUAGUGUGUGCAACAGGAUGUAAUCCACUGGCUUAUAAAGGAUAUGGUUGUUACUGCGGCUUCUUAGGAUCUGGAUAUGUCAUUGAUGGAAUUGAUCGAUGUUGUAAAAUGCAUGAUUGGUGCUAUGAUGCUACAGAAUGUCCAAUAUUCAUGGAAUAUAUAGCACCAUAUUAUUGGAGAUGUUAUCAUGGUCACAAACCUGUAUGUGCCGUUGAACAUGGUAAAUGGGGAGGAUCAGGUUCGUGUGCUCAACGUUUAUGCGAAUGUGACAGGACUUUAGCUGAAUGUUUGCGUCGUUAUCCUUGCCCAACUACAAAAGCUGUUUGUACUUCAUCACCUUGGAGACUAGUACAAAAUCUUUUCAUGAUUAUGUAGUUUCACGUACCAUGUCAAUUUUUAGGUAUACCAAAGAUGUAAAAUGUAUAUUUUAUAAUGCAGAUUAAUAGUUUUCUAUAAUAUAUUUACAGAUUGCGCAUCUUUUAAACAGCAGAGCUUUUUAUACCUCAGGAAUUUAUAUUACAAAAAUAUAAAGUAUAACUUUGUUUUAGUUACUCUUAAUUUAAGAGUUUACCAGAUGUUAUAAUGAAGAAUAACUCUGUAUAAUUUAUUUUAUGUAAGUUUUAUAUUAUUUAAUU